CUCAACUCCCGUUCCUCCAUUCCCCUUAGGUCCAUCCCGGACGCCAAAAUGACUCGCAUCGGCUGGUAUGGCCUAGGCUCCAUGGGCCUAGCCAUGGCCACCAAUCUCCAACGACACCUGGCGACCAAGAACGCCCUGAACCUCGUCUACUCGAACCGGACCAUGGCCCGUGGGGAUCCGUUGAAAUCCCUCGGUGCCACGCCGGAGUCGGAUUUCCAGAAACUAGUCGCCCAAUGCGGCAUCAUCUUCACCAUGGUCUCGAACGAUUCGGUCCUGCAACACCUGGUCUCCUCGGCGCUCUCGUCCGGUCAGUCUCUCCGUGACAAGAUCUUCGUGGACUGCUCGACCGUGCAUCCGGAGACCGUGGGCCUCACCGUCGCCAAGCUCAAGGAGAAGCAGGCGUCCUUUCUAGCGGCGCCCGUCUUCGGUGGGAACCCGAUCGCCGUGGACGGCAAACUGGUGUUUGCCAUUGCCGGGCCGCAGAAGGCGUCGCAGGUCGUGAAGCCCUUGAUCCAGGACGUGAUGGGCCGGAAGGUGAUCGACUGUGGGGAGGACGCGACGAAGUCGUCGCUUCUGAAGAUUGCUGGGAAUAUCGUUACCGUUAAUAUGAUGGAGGCCGUAGGAGAAGCUCAGGUCUUUGCCGAGCAGACCGGUCUUGGAACCGGUCCUAUGGAGGAACUCAUUGGUGAGGCUUUUGGUCCGGUUGCCGGGGGUUACUCGAAGAGACUAACUACUGGCGUUUAUGCGCCGCCUUUGGGUUCUCGGCCUGGAUUCGGCGUAUCUCUGGCCAUCAAGGAUGCUAACCACGCCAUGGCCAUGGCUAAAGACCAUAAAGUGGAGCUGCCAGGCCUCGAGGUGGCGCAAGAGAACAUGGUGGCCGCUCGGGAGUAUGCAGGAGAGUGCCUGGAUAGCAGCUCCAUGUAUGGAGUGCUGCGUCAAAUGGCUGGAUUGGAGUUCUGGAACGAGAAGAGCCGGAAGGGUGGCUCUUAAUGCGAUAUAGAUUUUGUAUUGUACAAGGGAUUAAUGUACUGUACAUCAUAGAUAUGCUGAGCAUAUGCAAUGGGCUAUGGGGGUAUAGUAUCUCCGUAUAAGGGUCAUCUCUUCAGUUGGACCGUCAGGUAUUCUAGCCUCUUUACUCGCCGCUUACA